AUGAAUCAAACAAACUACGAAACAGAGCAUUUAACAAACUCUGCUCUCGUCACUUGCCAGCUGUCAUACUCUGAAUGGAGUCAAUUCUUCCCCGAAAAGAACUAUGAGAUUAACUUUGAAAGCGUCCGUAAGCAAGUGGAUGAGAACACGUUUGCAAUAUUUAUAAUCAACCCUCACAAUCCCAAUGGGAACGUCUACUCUGAAGCUCAUCUCAAGCAGAUCGCUUUGUUGGCUCGGGAUCUCGGGAUAAUGGUGGUUUCUGACAAAGUUUUUAGAUGGGCCGUUUUUGGGAGCAAUCCCUUUGUUCCCAUGGCGAAAUUCUCAUCAAUCGUACCUGUGAUGACUAUUGGGUCCAUAUCGAAGGGAUGGACUGUCCCCGGAUGGCGAACUGGCUGGGUCGUCCUACACGAUCUAGAUGGUGUCUUUAAAUGCACCAAGAUGCUCUUAACUGCUGCUAAACAAUUUCUUGAGAUAAAUUUUAAACCACCAACUGUUAUCCAGGCGGCUAUUCCUACCAUCUUGAAGGAUACUCCUAAAGAGUUUUUCCACAGGAGGCAGAUGUUUCUGAAAGAUAAAGCGGAUUUGGCUUAUUCUAAGCUCUCGGACAUACCGUCCUUCAAAUGCCUGAAGCAUGCACCUUCCUAUAGAUAUUAUAUUCUUACUACAUUUUCUUACAUCUCGCAGACCCAGCUGAAAAUAUCAAGCUUUGUGGACAUUAAAGAUGAUGAAGACUUCUGUGAAAAGCUUGCUACUGAAGAAAACCUCGUUCUUUUACCAGGAAUUGCUUUUGCUCUGAGGGGCUGGGCGAGGCAUUCUGUCGACAUGCAUACUCAAACUUUGGAGGAUGCCUUUGAAAGAUUGAAGAGCUUCUGUGACCGCCAUUCGGACCGCUGA